CGGAGGCCCAAGCCGGUCCGGCUAGUAGGCGGAGUGAGAUUGUGAAUGUCUGCGGAAGCUGUGGAGAAACGUUCCUUCGGGAUAGCAGCAGCUGAGGAGGAAUCUGCGGCCCUGAUAGAACAAGAUGUAGCGCGCGGCCUGGAGAACUUUCCUGUGAGAGUGUGGCCUCUGGGGGCGGGGCCCAGGCCUAAGCCUUUCCAGUAUACUCCUGAUCACGUGGCUGGGCCUGGAGCAGACAUCGACCCCACACAAAUAACCUUUCCUGGGUGUGCUUGUGUCAAAACUCCCUGUCUCCCUGGCACUUGCUCCUGUCUCCGCCAUGAGAAUAACUAUGAUGACAAUCUGUGCCUCAGAGACAUAGGAUUGGAAGCAAAGUACGCCAAACCAGUUUUCGAAUGCAAUGUCCUCUGCCAUUGUGGUGAACACUGUAGAAACAGGGUGGUCCAGAAUGGUCUGCAGUUCUGUCUCCAGGUGUUCCAAACGGAUAAAAAGGGCUGGGGACUUCAGACCUUGGAAACUAUACCCAAGGGAAGAUUUGUCUGUGAGUAUGCUGGGGAGAUUUUAGGGUUCUCUGAAGUACAGAGAAGAAUUCACCUACAAACACCACAUGACCCGAAUUACAUCAUCGCCAUCAGGGAGCAUAUUUAUAAUGGACAGGUCAUGGAAACUUUUGUUGACCCUACCUACAUAGGAAAUAUUGGGAGAUUCCUGAAUCAUUCUUGCGAACCAAACCUGUUGAUGAUUCCUGUUCGAAUUGACUCAAUGGUACCUAAGCUGGCACUUUUUGCAGCCAGAGAUAUUUUGCCAGGAGAAGAACUCUCUUAUGACUAUUCAGGAAGAUUCCUUAAUCAAAUAAGCAGUAAAGACAAAGAAAGGAUAGAUCAUGAACAACUGAGAAAGCCACAACUAAGAAAGCCUUGUUACUGUGGUGCCCCAUCAUGUGCCACCUUCUUGCCUUAUGACAGUUCACUAUACUGGUUUCCCUUAGGAAAACCAGACACGAGUUAGGAAGGGAGGUUCUGCCUGCCAGCAUCUCUGUGAACAUAAACCAGAGGGAAUCAAGCAUUAAGUGACCAUCUGCAUCCUGGUUCCUCUCUGGCAAACAACCUACCCUCAAGAGAAGUGUACCUUGUAUUCAGCAUCUUGCUCAUCCGUGUAAAAAGACCAGGGGUUGCCCAGCCCUGCCUCUGCCAGGAUGCCUAAAUUCAACUCAAGUAUGUGGCCCAGACUGUAAAAUGUCCAGCUGUACCCUUUCUCCAAAAUACUUGCUUUUAUAGUUAGAUGUGGGUAAAUGACUAUGUUCAAACUAGCAGGAUACAAGUGAAAAUAAUGAAUCAUUCAGUGUUAUCCUUGUAUUUCUUCUUAGAAACCAGAAUGUAUAUUUGAUGGCUGAAGUUGGAGUAGCCAUCCAAAACCCAAGAUGACCCUGGAAAAGGGUCAUACAGAGCAAAUCCACAAGCUACCUGUAACUAUAGAAAGCGCUGCUAGUCCUGACCUGUACUUGUAGGUGAGACCUACGAUACCAAGGCACCGUUGCCUUGCAUUUGAGUAAACCUGAUGAUUCAAGAAGACCUCAGCCUUGC